AGGGAAAAGGGAAGCGAGCCACACAGAGAGCGAAAGAAGUGGGCGGAGAGAAAGACGGAGGACGGAUACGCGGGUCUCCGGCGGGGCAUCCCAAAAUCAGGAGCCAGCACACAACUGUCAUAAGUCACCAGUUUUAGGGGUUGACAGAUAACUCAAAAGCUGGCCGGCUAAAAACCGCUCACGCGGAGAAGAAAAUGAAGGAAUUCCAGUCGCAUUUGGAACCCGAUUCCCGAUUAAAGGUGUGAGCACAGCCGUAUUUAAAAGGAGGUUAAGUUUCACUCAAAAGCUCCAUUUUCAGCAAUGAGGUGUUGUGCCUUAAAGGAAUCUUCUUGAAAGCAUUUAAUUUGAUUUGGAGAUGUCUACAGCCACAGGAAAAGUUCUUGUUCAGGUUGAAUAUAACUAUCAAUACACAGCCAGGGAUGGGAGACUCAUCGCUAUUAAACAAAAUGAGAUAUAUAUUCUCCUUUCAAGAACCAAUGAGCACUGGUGGCAUGUUAAGAAGGAUGACCAAUCCAAACCAUUCUACUUGCCAGCACACUAUGUGAGGGAAUUGACUUCAGAAACGGCAGUUUCCCCUGGAGUUCCAUCCCUGGUUGGAUCUGAUAAUGCUGAAAACCAAAAUAGUGGAGAGGUGAGCAAGACUCAAAGUGUUGUUAAAAACCAUUGGACUGUUGAGAAAAGUGAGCUAUUUCACCAAGAUAAACAAGGACACAAUGACAACACUUGUGAUCCAGUCCUGGAGAAAGAAAACCAGCCUAAUUUAAGCUCUAUUAAACCCAAGGAUCCUUCAUUGAAUCAACUGGCCAAUGACUGCCCGCCCUCACUCCGUGGCUCAAAUUCUUCACAACAUUCUUUGUUGCCACUAGAAUUGACGCCAUGUUACAGCGAAGUGGCUAAAGCCUCUGAGAAGAAUAAACAGUCCAAUAGUAAAAAGUUCACCACUACCAUUGCACCAAAAAGGCUAAAUUCCACUGUCAGGGUCCGCACCAAGCUGCAAGAUAAUUUUGCACACAGACUUAGCCUAAUGGAAGAUCUCCUGCCAGCAGUGAAUCCAGAAGGCCUUGAUCAUAAACUUGGCCUCAAUAAGGCGAAAGAAAUUAACCUUUCAGAAAAGGUCUAUCCUCUUCAACGUACUAGCUUUAGCCAGGGCAGCAAUUCUAAAAGACACUCUACUGUAGAAAUUGGUGCUGUGAUAUUGGGACACCCAAAGCCUGUGGAAACAAACAGCUCGACGCUUCCUCAAAUACAACUUCCUGAUUCUGAAAAUCUUUAUGAGUCGAUUCCAGACAUAUCAAAGCCAAAGACUAAAUCCCAAAAGGAAGAACAUAGUGAUGUAUUGAAGGGAACACAACAAUCAUCAAAAUAUGGAGACUCAAGUGACUGCAGGCAUUGGAACCUGGAGCAACACACGAAACUUGGUGGGCGAGAUAGUGCCUAUGGAGGGAAAUCAGUCCAGGUGUUCAAUAAGAAACCUGAGGCAGUGUAUCAGAAUGUUGCACAGCUGAAGCAGGAGUUAGCGGAGGAACAAUCGGUUCCCAACACUGGCUUAACCAAUCAGCAGGAAGAAUGGGAAACGCAUACUGACCAAGCGAGUGGGCAACCUUUCUACUACAACCCGGUGACUGGAGAGACCACUUGGGAUUGUCCGUUCAAUACCUUGGAGAGCAGGGAGCAGCAAGCCUCAUCGUCUCUCAAUUCUAGUAUAAGCAUUCCCUUGGCAGGAUGGGAAACACACUUUGAUGAAGUUAGUGGUCAGCCCUAUUACUAUAAUCCAGCAACUAGGGAGACCACUUGGGAACGACCUGAACAACAAGAGCCAGACACAAUGGACCGCGAAGAUAUUCUUCGAGACCAGAGGCCUCCCACUCCAGAACAAGAUUACCCCGAAUUGAUUGAGGAGAGUCCUCCUGGAUACCGAGGUCAUCAGCGGCAGCCAUCAAACUGGUCACAGGAGGACUACAGUGAGCCACAGUCACCAGUGGACAUGCCUGUAUACCAGUCGAUUGACCCAAAACCACCUCCAGGCUGGUCCCUUGAGUUGGAUCAAGAAGGGCAGAUGCUUUAUACAAGUGAAGUUACCCAAGAAAAAUGGAUCAGGCAUAUGGACACCAACGGCAAGUAUUAUUACUAUAAUCCAGAUGAAGACAAGUCAGAGUGGGAACUUCCACAGUAUGAAGCUCACUCAAAUCGACAUAGUGCAGGAAAUGGAAUCGACCAAGAGGGAAAUUUAGUUUUUUCAAACUGGCGCCAUGGCCAGUCACUGAAAAUGGUUCCACCACUACGCUCUGAACCUGAGGAGAAGGCGUUAUUCGCUAUCCAUAGGCGAAAUGCGUCUGAUUUUAGUGCUGAGCUUGCACUUGGGCACCGUGUUGAAAUCCUGCUCCCUCACUCCCAAUCAUUGGAUAAAGCUGGAAUUCUAAACAAAGCCAAGGUGGCAGAUAACGGGAAGCGCAUCAGGAAGAACUGGGCAUCAUCCUGGACUGUUCUGCAGGGAGGAAUACUGACAUUUUACAAAGAUCCCAAGAAUCAGUCUGCAGGGAGCCUGAAACAGGCAAUUGGUCAGAUUGUACCCGAGUAUACAGUUGAACUGAAAGGAGCAACAAUUGGAUGGGCAGGAAAGGAAAAAUCAAGCAAAAAGAACGUGUUAGAGUUGAAAACAAGAGGGGGUUCGGAGUACCUUAUACAAUAUGAUACAGAAUCCGUCAUUGGGGACUGGUACAAGAUGAUCAAUGAGAGUAUCCUUCAAAUGUUGGACACAGUGAGCACAGACGAAGUUGAUUCUGCUUAUGAUAUAGCUGCUUCAGAGAAGUUCAACAACAAAGAGAAGGACGAGAAACAAAGUCGUUUUAGCUUGAAGAACCCUGGGGUCAGUACUACUGAAACUACAGACACCAAGAAGGUGAAAACAAAAUUAAAGAAGUUCCUACAGCGGAGACCCACACUACAGUCUGUGAGGGAGAAAGGUUAUAUCCAAGACCAGAUAUUUGGCUGCAAUCUGGUGGACCUGUGUCGGAGGGAGGGCACCACCGUGCCACGCUUUGUAUUGAAAUGCAUUGAAGCCAUAGAGAAUCGAGGGUUGGAUAUUGAUGGUUUAUACCGAGUCAGUGGGAAUCUGGCUAUCAUCCAGAAGCUACGAUUCAAAGUCAAUCACGAUGAGAAUGUGAACCUCGAGGAGGGCCCAUGGGAUGAUGUUCAUGUUAUCACAGGGGCUCUGAAACUCUUCUUCCGGGAGCUGCCAGAGCCACUCUUCCCUUACAACUAUUUCAACAAUUUCAUUGCUGCAAUCAAACUGGGGGAUCUUGCUCAACGCUUGAGUUACAUGAAGGAAUUAAUCAGCUCGCUUCCAGCACCCAACCAUGAUACCAUGCAAAUCCUCUUCAGACACCUGUGCAAAGUGAUAGAUUGCCGCAGCCAAAAUCGGAUGAGCUCUCAAAGUAUGGCAAUUGUGUUUGGUCCCACGCUUCUGAAACCUGAAACGGAGAGUGGAAACAUCACAGUCCACAUGGUCUAUCAGAACCAAAUUGUAGAGUACAUCCUUAACCAGUACCAGCAUCUUUUCAAUGAAAGCCAGGAGUUUGCGGGUAUUAGAUGAGCAAUAGUAUGAAUGGGGCAGUAGUGCCUUUGUGUGUGUGGGUGUGUGUGUGUGUAGGUGUGGGUGCAUGCAUGGGUAUAUAUUAAGACAGGUAUCAGCAUGCACUGAAUCCAGCAAACAUGGCCACAGGUGAAUAGAAGACUGUACUUCAGGGCAUGACCAAUCUCAACUUCAAGACAAGCUCAGGAAAGAAAUAUUUCAAAGCUGGUCAAACACCAAAUGGAAGAAGUUAUGGCCCUACUCCCAUGUAAAUACAACUUUCCUUCUGUUGGAUAUCUCUGCCUGUCCAGCAGUCCUCUUUUAAUUAAAAAAAAAGUCAUUCCUUGUUUCUGGAUUCGGGAAGAGAUGCCAUCCUUCAACGUCCACCGGGAGAAUCUUCUGGAUAGCUUUCUCUGCACUUUUUCAUUCUACACUUCAUGGUGCCUCCUGGAACUUAACCUGACACGAAGUGCUUGUAAUGAAUCGACACGCACACUUUAACAUGUGCUUCUCUCUCUCUUGCUCAAGAUAUCUUUAUUUGUCAUCUGAUGGCAGUAAUGAUGAUACUGUGGAAAAACUGAUGUGUGUUCAUGAAGUUUCCUUUCUGCUUAUUGAGACUUUACUUUUGUCAAUAUGCAUAAUUAACACAAAACACAAUUACAAUGAGACAAAGUAAACACUGGAGGCCAAGUUAAGAUACGAGUGGCUGGAACACAAAUAUGGAGCAGGUUUUGCAGUGCUGAUGAUUUAGAUAGUUAACUAGUGACGGAUUACAAGUGUGGAUGUCUGUUCAGGAGUCUUGCAGUAACCUAAAUACUCAUCCUCUUCUGAGCCUUAAACCAAAGAAGCAAGUUUACUCAGGUGAGAAAAUAAUUGACAAUAGGUGAAUAUGUACAAAUUCAGAAUAGGCACUGGGUGAUACUGAGACAGCCAAUACGGUGAGCAAGGAAAAGUGUGUUUACUUAACUCCAGUUUAUCUGCAAGAAUUUUGGUCUUCAAAGAUGGAAUCAUUAAAAAAGGGCUAAAUCACUUGUAGGAAUGUUGAGGUCAAGUAAAUGAACAGUGGUUUUAGAUAGCAGGAAAAGAGUUUUGGAUUGAGGAAUCCCAUCCUUGAGGUCCUGGAAAAGGAUCAACUGGAAUAACAAAUGGUAUAAUUCCACAGUCCUACAUUCCAUAUUAUUAUUAAAUCCUAGUGCAGCUCACUUCCAGUAAUGUCAAUCAGAAAUCAAGUCUUGAUCUGCAUCUAACAAAGUUCAUAAAGGCUAAUUGACUUUAUAUUUCCAGUGAGGAGCAUAUACCAACCAUUCUCUUUGAAUAUUACUAAUGGAGUAUUACUACCAAACAGUGGUGGAUUGGAGGGGUUACUGGUGAGGUGUCAUUGGGUUAAAGGAUAAAGUUUUAUUCUAUAGUGUUUUCAUCAAAUGUGCAACUUUGCAAUGGCUGUGCAAGUACUUGGAGUACAUCCCACGUUCACUUCCAUUGUGAAAGUGAGCUGCAGAAGAAGACACUGCUACCUCACUGCACUAGUAACCGGUCACUAAUGUGUACAUCCAUAUCAUCCAAAAAUUUGUCUUCCUUUGCCAGUACACAGAUGAGAGAAAGUUACAACCAAGAAUCCAAAAGGAUGAGGACACAACCUAGAGAAAAAUGAGCAGGGUCAGAGAGAAAGUGGUCUUAAAUGGAAAAGGUAUAUAGUCAUAGUCAUACUUUAUUGAUAUAUAUGCCAGAGUGAUUUAAUAGAAGAAAUUCAGAAUGUUUUGAUGUAGUGAAUAUUUUUCUAUUAGCAGGAAAAUCAAAAGACAUAGAUUUAAAAAAGUUUCCAAAAGAAUCAGAUAGCAGAAGUUUUAUAUUUUUAAUUCAAAGACUUCUCUGUUGUGGAAAUGGUGUCAAGCAUACACAGCAGAUGUACAAUGUGUGGUAUAAACAUUUGAGCCUGUAAAUAAGAAUGUGUACUGGCUUGAAUCUAUAUUUUAAGUCAAUUGCAUGCAAGAGCUCUUCUGCAGAGUCAUCUUUACUGUAGGAGGUACCUUGAUCAGAUGCUUUCAGGAUGGUUCUAAGCCAGCUCUGGUGAAGUAAGUUCAUGGACUGUUGUGGGGUACUGAGUGUUGUAGACAGGGCAGGAUAGAGAGCAGCUUUGAUCUUCUACACCAUGCAAAACACAGAGUAGCUGCAACCUUCACUGAAGCACAAUUCUAGACAGUGACCACAGGCAAGUGGGACUGAAGUAAAAACAACACAGUCAUUUGGUGCUGGAUUCAUGGGUUUGUAUCAUGAGGUGAAAGGCCAUCUAGCAAGGAGGAAAAUGACAUAGCUAGUAAACUGAAUUCAAAGUUUAACAUCACUGCUGUCUACAAGAAAAAAGUAAUGCAAGAGAUACUUUGUUAUCUUGUGUUUCAUUCUCAGUUUUUAUAGCUUAUGAUUUUUUCCCAAAGUGAGCUACCAGUCUUUUAACCAUUACAAGCAGAGCCAGCAUUUGUCAGCUGUAUGGAUGGAUAGGGUAAAUAAAUUCUAAAAGGCUGGCAGUGAAAUGGAGAUGGAACACUUAGCUUGGUACCCCAAAUCCCCAACAUCUGAGCCUCUACAUUAGCAACACUGAGCAGAGUCACUGGUGAUAGUUGUUAUCAUUCCAAUUCUUUGAAGGUAUCCAAGAGUGACUAGGGAGGGAGAUUUAAAGCAAUUUACAUAAUUCCAUGGGAAUUCUUUAGCUGAUGGCUGGAACUUUAAAGAGCAUCCUGUUUAAUUCAGGAGUAUUUAAUUCCCAGUUGCCAACUUUCAAUGUAGAGUGGCAUGGUAGCAUAGUAGUUAGCACAGCACCUUACAGCACAGGUGACCCAGUUUCAAUUUCCAAUGCUACCUGUAAGGAGUUUGUAUGUUCUGGUCACGACCACGUGGGUUUCCUUUGGGUGCUCUGGCUCCCUCACACGGUCCAAAGACAUUCGGUUGGUAGGUUAAUUUGUCUUUGUAAAUUGUCCUGUGAUUAAAUCAGGGGCUACGGGGCAGUGUUGAAGGGCUGUUUUUUUUUAAGUAAUCUGAAAUAAAAUCAGAAAAUGCUCAAACACUCAGCAGGCCAGGCAGCAUGUGCAAACAGAGAAACAUACUCAAUGGUUUGAAUUAGCAAUCCUUUGUCAGAACUGGAAAAGAGAGAAAAGAAGUUAGUUUUAGUGUAAGGAGUGGGGGAUCAAUAGGACAACAGAAUAUUUCAGAUGGGGUGAGGCCAGGUUGCAAUGGGGAUAAAUUGUUGAGGACAUCUAGUCCAUGGGCUUUGGGUAUUUGGAGAGAGAAAGAAAAUGAACAUCAUGAUGAAGCGAGGGCAGUUACAGUGAUAACACAAUGAAAUAUAACAAUUUGUAAAGCAUAAGGCUGUAGGACAUGCCCGGUGAGUAAGGGGUGGGGGGGGAGGGUGCAGAAUCUGAGCAAAUAGGGAGAUGGAUGACUCACAACAGAUUAGCCAAUCUAUAUCAGAAUAGCUGAGAGUUUUCAGCAUUUUGUUUUUAUUUCUGAUUUUCAGCAGCAGAAGCUUCUUAGAAUGCAUUUUGAUACUAGUCACAAACACAAACUGACAGAGGCAAUGCAGUGACUGCCACUAGAUGAGGCUCAAGAGCUGGCAGUUCAGUUCUAAUCUAUACCCUGAGAAAUGUAUCACAAGAUCUCACUCAGCUAUUUCUCUCGUCCUGCAUCUGGUAGUUUCCUAGGCAGCACUAGACAAUCUCAGGAUGGUUCCUGUAAUGUGAGGUCUGCGGACCCAACUUGCACUGUUGAUGUUCAUUGUUCUGAACUCUCUAUGGGGAUGCAGACACACAUUGCUACCUCAUACGCUGAUAUUUUUACAUUACAGGAGUCCAUACAGAAUGGUACUUCACAAAGCACUGACCAGAAACAAGAGUCAACUUGACCUUGCGAUGAGUUACUGUCCUAGGUACAAGUUCCACCACACCUAUUGAAGAUGGUUUGCAUCCAUCAUUCUAAUAGGAUUAAAGGUGGGAAGUUGAAUUAUGUUUUCAUCCUCUUUCCCAAGAAAUAUUCCACUUGAAACCUCCCCCACUCCUUUCAAAAGUAUGAAGUGCUGUAUUCCUAUUGACUGGCAAUUCCCAGGCACAUUAAAAAUUUGAAAGAUUGAUAACUCGAGUAAUUUCUUUACUACUAAAAAUCUAUUAUCUUUAAUAAAGAUUACGCCAAUGAAAUGGAGAGAUUAAAUGGUAAACAAGAGAAAAUAAAAUCCUUAAUAGCAUAAAAGAAAUUUGUUAGAACACUUUGUAUUAAUUUCAGUGAGAGCUGCCUUUGCUGCCCAUGUUCAAUUUGGUUUUGUGAGCCAUGUUGGCAUAUGGUUAAGGAUUUGUGCAGUAACUUCCUGAACUUGUUAUUUUAUAGAGUUGAUACAUGAUGUGCGAAACUUUUAUCCAUCAUUUUUUGCAAUAAACUUUGAAUGUUACUGAGACAGGUUGCUUUUCAAGCAAGUAACAUUGAGACACAUUUCUCAGGAUUAAUUUUAUACUCACUCUAAAAUCCCUUAAGGCUCAAAGGUAUGUUUUCAAUAACCUGUAGAUUGCUUCUGCUAAUUUUCUUUAUUUAAUGCUAACCUCUGCUCACUGAAUUCUUUCAGAGCCGACGAUUUUGAGCACAGUGAAUAGCUUUUAGAAAGAAACUCAAAUUUAUGUAUAUUAUUUAAAAUGAGUUUAUAUGGAAGCAAACUAUGGAUCUGGGUUUGUUAUUUUAAGGAUAAUGUAGUUUUAUAGCAUUAACUCUGAAACUGCUGGUUUUGAAUGUACUGAUAUUUCCAGCCUCUGCUCUUAAAAGGGUUGUAGGUGUCAGACUUUUUAAAACCUUUAGCUAUGGUGCUGGGCACCCAACAAGAAUUAAAGCUUAAAAUUUUGCUGUCUUAAUAUACUGAAAUUAACGUCUGGCAUUAAAACACCAAAUGUGAUAAAUAUCUGUUUUGAGCAGAGAUGAAUUUUUCAUACAAUCCCCAUGUGGGCCCCCUUCCUUGAAGCAGUUCAGAGUCCACUUGGCCACCCACCACUUCCCACUCCUCUUGACGCUCCCUGCAGAAACAAAUACAAGGUCGCUAUCUCUGUUUUCAAGUUUAAGUAAGCUUCCUCAGCCGGAAUGCGGUACCUAUACCCCCAUUCUCCACCCUCCAGUAAUGCUGGAUGUUUCCUCAGUCAUGGUCCUUUGGGCCACUUGUGUAAAAUUAUUUUGCCUCUGUGACUCCCUCUCAGUUCCUUAGAACCUUGUGAGGUCUGUAGUUUGUAGGUGCCUUCAGGUUUUCCUUGGCUAACUUCCCAGUUAUGUUCCCCAUCCCACCCCCCCCCCACAUUCCCUCGUCUGCACUGAAGUUCAGUGUUUACUUUCAACUCUUUGCCUUCUGAUGCCAAGUCUACAUCCCCCACCCCUUCCCUCCUCACUGUGUAGAGCAGGGCUUCCCAACUCCUCAGUUAAUGGUAGGCAUCCAUGGUGUUUAAAAAACGUUUGGGAGCCCCUGGUGUAGAGCGUAGUGAGAUUUUUCCAUUUAAAUACUAGCUCUGUAAAUAUAUAAAAAUAGGUGUUCAGGAAUUGCAGCUUCACAUUCUCUUUUCCAUGUGCUGGUUCUAUCUGGUACCCUACUGCUGUAACAUGAAUGUAUAUUCAUACCAAUGAAAUUUAUUGGAGCUUAUUGUGCAGGUAAACAGCUUAUGUACAUCAACUUUUCUGCAAAAAUAAAGA